AUGUUUUCAAAAAUCCAUAUAUUUUGGUUAAUAUUAUUAUUUUUAUGUUAUGGAAAUAUUGGAAAAUCACUUUCAUCAAAAACUUUUAAUGUUAAUUAUGAGGAUAGUCAACAUUUAGAAGAUGAAAUAAAAAAAAAUAAUAAUUUGGAAAAAAAAUUUAGUUAUAAUGAUAAGGAUAGUGGUAAUAUAAACAAUAAUAGUAAUGCAGGAUUAGAAGUUAAUGUAACUAGAUUAUUAGAUGCUUUAAUUAUGAGUCAUGAUAAAAGAAUACGACCAAAUUAUGGAGGUGAACCAACAGUUAUAAGUGUUACUGCACAUAUUAUAACAAUAUCAGCUAUCUCAGAAGUAACAAUGGAUUUUUCUGUUGAUUUAUAUCUUAGACAAUUUUGGAAAGAUACAAGAUUAGCUUUUGGAAAGUAUAAUACAAUGAAUAUUAAUUCAUUAACAAUUGGUAUAGAUAUGGUAAAAUCAAUUUGGACACCAGAUACAUUUUUUCCAAAUGAAAAAAAAUCAUUUUUUCAUGAAACAACAUCUCAUAAUUCUUUUUUACGGAUAGAUAAAGAUGGAAAUGUUUUAAGAAGUAUUAGAUUAACAGUUAUUGCAAAUUGUCCAAUGAAUUUACAUACAUUUCCACUUGAUGUUCAAAAUUGUAGUUUAGAAAUUGAAAGUUAUGGAUAUUCAACUGCUGAUAUUAUAUAUAGAUGGUAUGAUGAUGAACCAAAUAAUCCAGGAUCAGCUUUAACAAUAGAUGAAAAUGUUCAUUUAGCCCAUUUUACUGUUGAUAAACAUGAUUAUAUACAAAGAACAAUUAGAUUAACUACAGGUGACUAUUCAAGAUUAUCUGCAUUUUUUAUUUUCAAAAGAAAUAUUGGUUUUUAUCUUAUUCAAAUAUAUUUUCCAUCAUCAUUAAUAGUGGUUAUAAGUUGGGUUUCUUUUUGGUUAUCAAGAGAAGCUAAUUCCAGUAGAAUAAGUUUAGGUUUAUUAACACUUUUAAGUAUGACAACAAUAAUGACUUCUAAUAAUUCAUCUUUACCAAAAGUUAGUUAUGUAAAAAGUUUAGAUAUCUUUUUGGGUGUAUGUUUUUUUAUUGUUUUUGCCAGUCUCCUUGAAUAUGCUGCUGUUGGAUAUUUACUUAAGCGAAGAAAAAAUAAUGAAAGUAGAAGAAAAUUAAAACAAUAUAAUCAAUCAACAAAAAUUUCUUGUUAUGAAAUUGAUGAAUCUAAUCAUCCACAAUUAAUAAGAAAUAAUAAUAAUGAAACAUAUGUAACAUACAUGCAACCAUCUGAUCAAGAUAUACCAUUAUUAAAUAUUUCACCUAAUCAUAUAGCAUUAAUACCAAAUAAAAAACAAACCAAAGUGAAGGAAUAUAAUUUCAAGCCUUCUCAAAUUGAUCUUUUUUCAAGAAUUGCAUUCCCUUUGUUUUUUAUAUUUUUUCAUAUUAUUUAUUGGUCUGUAUUUUUAAAUGUUGGAUGUUUUUAA